AUAAGAGGACACAGAGGAACCUACUGCGUAAUGAAUAAGGAUUUUUUUGGUGGGAAUGGGAUUAAAAUGAUCGUUUUUCUAAGUCUGCUGUGUGUCUGUAUCAGCUGUCAGAGCACAAAGAGCUGCGGAGCGUCUACGUUCUGGGUCAUCACCUUUUCUACGAGGAGGCGCUGCAGUUGGCCGAGGAGGGCAAGAUCUCCUGCAGGGUGCUGCGGACUGAGAUGCUGGAGUGUCGUGGGGACAUUGAUUUCCUGGCAAAGUUGCACUGUGUGCGGCAGGCGUGUCAGCUGAUUUUGUGCGAGAGAGCGACCCGGAUGUUUCUGGCUGACACGGGAAAGAAAAUACUGUCCUCCAUUAUUGUAAAAGCACAGAAGAGCCCAAAGAGAUUCGAAGAAGUGUUUGAGGAGAUGAUUUCCUUCCUGGAGCACACGGAGCACUGGGAGAACACAGAGGUGGAGCUGGCCACCCGAGGGGUGAAACACUUGAACUUCUAUGACAUCGUGCUGGACUUCAUCCUGAUGGACUCAUUCGAGGACCUGGAGAACCCACCGAUCUCCAUCCAGAACGUGAUCAACAACCGCUGGCUCAACAGCUCCUUCAAGGAGACGGUGAGUGAACAAGAAAUACUUCAGAGAGUUUCCUUUGGUAACGAG